AUGGCCUCAAUCAGCCGCCGCGCCGUCGAUCCUGCAUCGGAUCCCGUUCCGUCAUCUUCGCCGGCUUUUGCCACCCCGCCGGUCAAUCCUGCGCGCCCACUGCGCACCGCACCUGUUCCUGCACCGCCUGCGCUUAAGCCGACUGUUCUCCCGAUACUACUUCCGCCUCCAACUCUGAGACCUCUCGCGUUCAGGACAUUCACGAAGAAACACAAUCUUACUUUAACAUCUUCCGCUCUUGCCGCCCUCGCGACGUUCAUUGGAAGACAUUGUGGCUCAGGAUGGCGAGAAGAAGGUCUUGCCGAGCGUGUGUUGGAGGAGGUCGCCAGAUCAUGGAAAAAGAGUGGCGGCCAGGUAAUUGUUGAUGGCGAUGGUCCUCUUCUCAAGAGCAUAUUGAAGACACUAGAGGGAUGCAUGAGCGGUGGGCGCGUGGUUCAGGUCAAGGGUCCAUCCUUGACCAGGGAUGCCAGCUUCAAGUUUGGAGACGGUAGCGGGUCGAACGGCCACCAUCCGCUCUUGGAGAAGCAGGACAGCUUUGGCAUGAGCGGCUUGAACGUCGCCGACGAAGAAGAUGAUGAUGGUAGCAGGGAUCCUAGGGACUGGGUGAAGGUCAUCGGCGGCUUCGACCAGCCGAAGAUGGUGUAUAACAUCGCCAAGAAGCAUUUCGACAGGUCGACAACAAAGCCGACCCUGUUCCCAAACGCAGCAGUGAAGACAGAAAUGUUUCGUCAGAGAUACCACAUAAUUCACCAGAGGCUGCUCCGAAAUGAGUCCUUCCAAACACCAACUUUUGCAAGUCGGUCUGCAAUACAGCGCACUGCUUCCAUUACGACUUCUCAAACUAAUAAGAUUACUCCCAUCUCCAACCUGCUGGGCCGGCACGGAUCCACCCACCUCCUACUAGCCCUUCUCACCAUCUCGCCUACGGGCACUCUCGCAUUAUCAGACCUCACGGGAAGCAUUGCAUUGGAUGUGACUCACGCAAGGCCUAUUCCAGAGGACGGAGCAUGGUUCGCUCCUGGCAUGAUCGUCCUUGUCGAUGGAACGUAUGAGGAGGACUACGGUAACCCACAUUCUGGAUCAGCAUCUGCACUGGGCGCUACCGGCGGCAUUGGAGGGACGAUCGGCGGAAAAUUUGUCGGUUUCUCCAUUGGCCACCCGCCUCCAGAGAAGCGCUCAUUGACACUGGGGACUCCGGACUCCAGCACGGCCGCCGAUCCAAGUGGCGGCGUGGUCAGCCCCGCUUUCGGAUGGACAGACUUCCUUGGGACAGGAUCUGAAAGAGCGACGGGAGCCAGAAUGCGGAGAAUAGAGAAUAGACUGCUGACUGCCGACUCUUCCACCCAUCGCCAGACGAAGAUCGCCAUUGCUGCAGACCUCAACCUCGAUAACCCACAGUCUUUCACCGCUCUUCGGACCCUUCUCUCUACAUACUCUGCCCUUCCGAUACCCGAGUUUCCGCUUGCAAUUGUCCUCAUGGGCAAUUUUGUCAGCUCUGCCACAAUGGCCGGCGUGCCGAACCAAGGAAGCAUUGAGUACAAAGAGCACUUCAAUGCUCUUGCUUCUGUGCUUUCCGAUUUCCCGCAGCUAGUCGCAAGAACAACACUUGUCUUCGUCCCGGGCGACAAUGAUGCCUGGCCAUCGGCUUUCUCCGCCGGGGCAGCGGUCCCACUGCCUAGAAAAGGCAUCCCAGAGAUCUUCACAAGCAGAAUCCGGCGGGUCGUUCAAGAAGCGAACCGAGAGGUGGGGGGUGCGGGGAAACGGAAGGAGGGGGAGGCAAUUUGGACAACGAAUCCCAGUCGGCUCACAUGGUUUGGCGUCCAGGGGGAGAUGGUUCUCUUCAGGGACGACGUUACGGGCCGGCUUCGGCGCAGCGCCAUCCGGUUCAAGAAGCCCGACUCCGAAGAGGAUGAAGAUGACGAAAUGGAUGUAGAAGAGCACCGAGACAACAGCCGAGAAGCAACUGUCGCGUCAGUCGUGGAGCAGCCUGACGACGGGAUCGGCGGGGCAGCCAUGGAUGUCGACAAGCAACCGCAGGCUAGACGUCAGGAACAAGCGCUGGACCCUGACACCCUGACGGCUCGGGCACUAACGCGUACGCUACUGGACCAGUCCCAUCUGUCGCCAUUCCCUCUGCAUGUGCGGCCUGUGCAUUGGGACUACGCGCAUGUUCUCGGGCUGUACCCGCUGCCGACAGCGGUGGUGGUGGCAGAUAAGGAUGCCCCGGCUUUUGCUCUGAAGUACCAGGGUUGCGCGGUCAUGAACCCGGGGAGGAUUGUGGACGGUAAGAGAGGUGACAGGGCAAGAUGGGUUGAGUUUGACGUGAAAGAAGGACGAGGUGUGGUGAGGGUUGAGGGUUAG